GGAGUCCAGAUGUCUCUUUGUGGACUGGACACUGAGGCCCUUGGGGCAGAGAGGUUCCAGGUGGCUGUGGUCACAGGGGUGCCUCUGUAGAUAGAAUGGGGUUCCUGGGGGCUCAGAGGCGACGCGGGCUUCCUCCCUAGGCUGGUAGUGUGUGGAGACCCCCUAGUCCCCGCCAGGGCAGAAAGGAGGGAAGCUCAGGCUCCUCCCACAGGGAUCUGGGGAUCCCAGCAGGGGUGCGGGGUGCUCAGAAGUCUGGACCCUGCUGCGACCUUGUCCCAGGUCUCCAGGGUGGGGCCUGGCCCUGAAGCAACGCAGCACGGGCCCUUUAAGAAAGUCGGGGGGUGGGAGCGAACGGGGAGCCCCCGCCUCCGCGCCCAGCCGGGUCCGCGCCUCCCCGCCGCAGCUCAGUGCGCGCCCGGCCCGUAGCGCGCUCACUGUCCCAGGUCGUCUCUCCCGGCUGCCUCAAGUCCCAGCGCCGCCGCGAUGCGCCCCUGCCCGCGGCCAGCGCGCCUCGAGCCUGCCCUGGCCCUGGUUCUUACCUGGGUGCUGCUGCCUGGACUUGCAUCUGCAGCCUCCUUCUUCGGGGAGAGCCACCUGGAGGUCCCUAUGGCCACUGCCCUGGCUGAUAUCGACCUACAGCUACAAUUCUCUACAGCCCAGCCUGAGGCCCUGCUCUUCCUGGCAGCUGGGGAGGAUGACCAUCUGCUGCUGCAGCUCCACGAGGGACACCUGCAGGUCAGACUCGUCCUGGGCCAGGAGGAGCUGAGGCUGCAGACCCUGGCAGAGCUCCUGCUGAACGACUCUGCCCCCCACUCCGUGGCACUCACUGUCUCAGAUGGCCGGGCUGUGCUCUCGGUCGACGGGCUACUCAAUGCCUCUGGCCUGGUCCCAGGAGGCCCCCUCAGUGUCCCCUAUGGGCUGUUUGUUGGGGGCUCUGGGAGCCUGAGCCUGCCCUACCUGAGGGGGGCCAGCCGACCUCUGCGGGGCUGUCUUCUCACCGCCACCCUCAACGGCCGCAGCCUCCUCCUCCCGCUGACCCCCGAAGUGCCAGAGGGCUGCGCUGAGGAGUUCUUUGCUGAGGACGACGUGGCUCUGGGCUUCUCUGGGCCCUAUUCUUUGGCGGCCUUCCCCGCCUGGAGCACUCAGGACAAGGGCACCCUGGAGUUCACGCUCACCACGAGGAGCCAGCACGCACCCCUGGCCUUCCAGGCGGGGGGCCGACGCGGGGACUUCAUCUAUGUGGACAUCUUCGAGGGACACCUGCGGGCUGUGGUGGAGAAGGGUCAGGGCACUGUCCUGCUCCACAACAGUGUCCCCGUGGACGAUGGGCAGCCCCAUGAGGUCAGCGUCCACAUGGACGCCCACCGCCUAGAGGUCUCCGUGGACCAGUACCCCACACGCACCUCCAACCGCGGGGUCCUCAGCUACCUGGAGCCACGCGGCAGCCUCCUCCUCGGGGGACUGGACACAGAGGCCACCCACCACCUCCAGGAACACCGCCUGGGCUUGGCACCGGGCACUGCCAACACCUCCCUGCUGGGCUGCCUGGAGGACCUGAGCGUCAACGGCCAGCGGCAGGGGCUCCGCCACGCCGUGCUGACCCGCGGCAUGGCAGCCGGCUGCAGGCUGGAUGAAGACGAGUAUGAGGAUGACGCCUACAGCUCCUACGAGGCGCUGUCCACCCAGGCACCCGAGGCAUGGCCAGCCGUGGAGCUCCCUGAACCGUGCGUCCCUGAACCUGGGCUGCCCCCUGUCUUCACCAACCUCACCCAGCUGCUGACCAUCAGCCCACUGGUGGUGGCCGAGGGUGGCACAGCCUGGCUGGAGUGGCAGCAUGUGCACCCCACACUGGACCUGCAGGAGGCCGAGCUACGUAAGUCGCAGGUGCUGUUCAGCGUGACCCGGGGUGCACGGCACGGCAAGCUGGAGCUCGACAUCCCGGGCGCCCGGGCACGGCAGAUGUUCACCCUGCUGGAUGUGGUCAACCGCAAGGUCCGCUUUGUCCACGACGGCGCCGAGGACCCCUCCGACCAACUGGUGCUGGAGGUGACCGUGACAGCGCGGGUGCCUGUGCCCUCCUGCCUGCGGCGGGGCCAGAUUUACCUGCUGCCUGUUCGGGUCAGCCCCGCCAAUGACCCUCCCCGUGUCGUCUUCCCGAAUGGCAGCCUCAUGGUGAUCCUGGAGCACACACAGAAGCCGCUGGGACCUGAGGUCUUCCAGGCCUAUGACCCGGACUCUGCCUGUGAAAGCCUCACCUUCCAGCUCCUGGGAGACUUAGCUGGGCUCCCAGUGGAGCACCGGGAUCGCCCAGGGGAGCCGGUGCCCGAGUUCUCCUGCCGUGAGCUGGAGGCGGGCGACAUCGUCUAUGCCCACCGUGGCGGCCCCGCUCAGGCCCUGACAUUCCGGGUGAGUGAUGGGCUGCAGGCCAGCAGCCCUGCCGUACUGAACGUGGUGGCCAUGCGGCCAGCCAUCCGGAUCCGCCACAGCACGGGGCUGCACCUGGCACAGGGCUCUGCCGCAUCCAUCUUGCCUGCCAACCUGUCGGUAGAGACCAACGCUGUGGGGCAGGACGUGAGCGUGCUGUUCCGUGCCGUGGGCGCCCUGCAGUUCGGGGAGCUGCAGAAGCAGGGCGCAGGCGGUGCAGAGGGUGCCGAGUGGUGGGCCACGCAGGCCUUCCACCAGCGGGACGUGGAACAGGGCCGUGUGCGGUACCUGAGCACCGACCCACAGCACCAUGCCCAGAACACUGUGGAGAACCUAGUGCUGGAGGUGCAGGUGGGCCAGGAGACCCUGAGCAACCUGUCCUUCCCGGUGACCAUCCAGAGGGCCACGGUGUGGAUGCUGCAGCUGGAGCCGCUGCACACCCAGACCACUCAGCCGGAGACCCUCACCGCGGCCCACCUGCAGGCUGCCGUGGAGGAGGCAGCCAGCCCAAGCUCCAGCAACUUCCACUACGAGGUGGUCCAGGCCCCCAGGAAAGGGAACCUGCAGCUGCGGGGUGUGAGGCUCUCAGCCGGCCAGGGCUUCAGCCAGGAUGACCUGAAGGCUGGGCGGGUGACCUACGCGGCCGCAGCACGAGCCUCCGAGGCUGUUGAGGACGCCUUCCACUUCCGUGUCACAGCACCGCCACACUUCUCGCCGCUCUAUACCUUCCCUAUCCACAUCGGUGGUGACCCAGAUGCUCCCGUCCUCACCAACGUCCUCCUCCUGGUGCCCGAGGGUGGUGAGGCCGUCCUCUCCGCUGACCACCUCUUCGUCAAGAGCCUCAACAGCACAAGCUACCGCUAUGAUGUUAUGGAGCGGCCCCGCCAUGGGCGGCUGGCGUGGCGGGAGCCACAGGACAAGGCUACCACGGUGACAACCUUCACCAAUGAAGACCUGCUGCACGGCCGGCUGCUCUACCAGCACGAUGACUCUGAGACCACCGAAGAUGACAUUCCAUUUGUGGCCACCCGCCAGGAUGAGGGCAGUGGCGACACGGCCUGGGAGGAGGUCCGAGGUGUUUUCCGCGUGGCCAUCCAGCCGGUGAACGACCAUGCCCCUGUGCAGACCGUGAGCCACGUGUUCCACGUGGCCCGGGGUGGGCGGCGGCUGCUGACCACAGAGGACGUGGCCUUCAGCGACGCAGACUCAGGCUUCUCUGACGCCCAGCUGGUGCUGACCCGCAAGGACCUCCUGUUUGGCAGUAUCGUGGCAGUGGAUGAGCCCUCGCGGCCCAUCUACCGUUUCACCCAGGAGGACCUCAGGAGGCGGCGGGUCCUGUUCGUGCACUCGGGGGCCGACCACGGCUGGAUGCAGCUGCAGGUGUCUGACGGGCAGCACCAGGCCACCGCCAUGCUCGAGGUGCAGGCCUCAGAGCCCUUCCUCCGCGUGGCCAACGGCUCCAGCCUUGUGGUCCCUCAGGGAGGCCAGGGCACCAUCGAUGCCACUGUGCUCCCUCUGGACACCAACCUGGAUAUCCGCAGUGGGGAUGACGUCCACUACCGCGUCACAGGCAGCCCUCGCUGGGGGCAGCUGCUCCGCGCCGGCCAGCCAGCCACCACCUUCUCCCAGCAGGACCUGCUGGACGGCACUGUCCUCUACAGCCACAGUGGCAACCUCAGCUCCCGUGACACGCUGGGCCUCUCAGUGGAGGCAGGGCCAGUGCACACAGAAGCCACCCUCCAAGUGACCAUUACCCUCGACAGCCCACCCGCCCCGCUGCAGCUGAUCCGGCAUGAGAAGAUCUAUGUCUUCCAAGGGGAGGCGGCUAAGAUCAGACGAGACCAGCUGGAGGCAGACCAGGAGGGAGUACCCCCCGCAGACAUCAUGUUCUCAGUGAGGAGCCCCCCAAGUUCGGGCUACCUGGUGAUGAUGUCCCACACGGCCGCUGGGCCACCCAGCCUGGCCCCAGUGCACAGCUUCUCCCAGGAGGCCGUGGCCGCCGGCAGGGUCCUCUACCUGCACUCCCGCCCCGGGUCCUGGAGUGACACCUUCACCCUGGACGUGGCCUCGGGCCUGGGUGCCCCCUUGGAGGGGAUCCGCAUGGAGCUGGAGAUGCUGCCGGCCACCAUCCCCAUGCGGGGGCAGAACUUCAGCGUCCCUGAGGGUGGUGCCCGCACCCUGGCCCCGCCGUUGCUCCAAGUCACCGGGCCCUACUUCCCCACCCUGCCCGGCCUCAACCUGCGGGUGCUGGAGCCACCCCAGCAUGGAGCCCUGCAGAGAGAGGAACAGCCCGGAGACGGGACCCUCGACACCUUCUCCUGGAGAGAGGUGGAGGAGCAGCAGAUCCGAUACGUGCACGAUGGGAGCGAGACGCUGACCGACAGCUUCGUCCUGGCGGCCAAUGCCUCGGAGAUGGACCGCCAGAGCCAGCCGCUGACUAUCACUGUCACCAUCCUGCCCAUUAAUGACCAAGCCCCUGUCCUCACCACAAACACGGGCAUGCAGCUGUGGGAGGGGGCCACGGUGCCCAUCCCUGCCGAGGCCCUGCGGGGCACAGACGGCGACUCGGGACCCGAGGACCUGGUCUAUACCAUCGGGCAGCCCAGCAACGGACAGGUGGUCCUGCGGGUGGCGCCGGGCACCGAAGUCCGCCACUUCAGCCAGGCCCAGCUGGACGCCGGACUGGUGCUGUUCAGGCACGGAGGAGCCCUGGACGGAGGCUUCCGCUUUGACCUCUCCGACGGCAAGCACGUGUCCUCGGGCCACUUCUUCCGAGUGGCGGCCCAGAAGCAGGUGCAGCUGUCACUGGAGGGCACCCGCACGCUGACUGUCUGUCCAGAGUCCAUCCAGCCGCUCAGCAGCCACAGCCUGAGUGCCAGCUCCAGCUCAGGUACCGACCCCCAACACCUGCUGUACCGUGUGCUGCGUGGGCCCCGGCUCGGCCGGCUGCUCCAUGCCCAGCAGGGCAGUGCCUCCGAGGCCCUGGUCAACUUCACUCAGGCCGAGGUGUCUGCUGGGAAUGUGCUGUAUGAACACGAGCCGUCCCCCAAGCCCUUCUGGGAAGCCCACGAUGCCAUAGAGCUCUUGCUGUCUUCGCCCCCUGCCCCUGACGUGGCCACAGUGCUGGCUGUGGUCGUGUCAUUCGAGGCUGCCUGUCCCCAGCGCCCCAGCCGCCUCUGGAGAAACAAAGGUCUGUGGGUCUCAGAGGGCCAGCGGGCCAAGAUAACCGUGGCCGCCCUGGAUGCCUCCAACCUCCUGGCCAGCGUCCCCGAACCACAGCGUCCCGAGCACGACGUGCUGUUCCAGGUGACGCAGUUUCCAACGCGGGGCCAGCUGCUGGUGUCUGAGGAGCCCCUCCACGCAGGGAAGCCACACUUCUUGCAGAGCCAGCUGGCUGAAGGGGAGCUGGUGUACGCCCACGGCGGCGGGGGCACCCAGCAGGACGGCUUCCGCUUCCGCGCCCACCUCCAGGGCCCAGCGGGGGCCUUCGUGGUGGGACCCCAAACCGUGGAGGCCUUCGCCAUCACCGUGCGGGAUGUGAACGAGCGCCCGCCUCAGCCGCAGGCCUCAGUGCCACUCCGGCUCACCCGGGGCUCCCGCGCCCCAGUCUCCCGAGCCCAGCUGAGCGUGGUGGACCCAGACUCAGCCCCCGGGGAGAUCCAGUACGAGGUACAGCGAGCUCCCCACAAUGGCUUCCUGAGCCUGGUGGGGGUCAGCCCGGGGCCCGUGACCCGCUUCACACAGGCCGACGUGGAUGCGGGGCGGCUGACCUUCGUGGCCAAUGGUAGCAGUGUGACAGGCAUCUUCCAGCUGAGCGUGUCUGACGGGGCCAGCCCACCCUUGCCUGUGUCCCUGGCCGUGGACAUCUUGCCGUCUGCCAUCGAGGUGCAGCUGCAGGCCCCCCUGGAGGUGCCCCAGGCCUUGGGGCGUGCCUCGCUGAGCCGGCAGCAGCUCCGGGUGGUCUCGGACCGGGAAGAACCAGACGCGGCCUACCGCCUCACACAGGGGCCCCAGUAUGGGCAGCUCCUGGUGAACGGGCAGCCCACCUCGGCCUUUAGCCAGCUGCAGGUGGACCAGGGGGAGGUGGUUUUCACUUUCACCAACUUCUCCUCCCCUCAUGACCACUUCCGAGUCCUGGCACUGGCCAGGGGUGCCAAUGCAUCUGCCACGGUAAAUAUCACUGUGAAGGCCCUGCUGCAUGUGGGGCCAGGUGGCCCGUGGCCCCAGGGCACUACCUUGCGCCUGGAUUCUACGGUGCUGGAUGCCAGUGAGCUAGCCAACCACACAGGCAGCAUGCCCCACUUCCGGCUCCUGGUGGGACCCCGGCAUGGCCGGCUGGUGCGCGUUCCCCGGGUACAGACAGAGCCGAGGAAUAGGCAGCUCGUGGACCAGUUCACGCAGCAGGACCUGGAGGCCGGGAGGCUAGGGCUAGAGGUAGGCAGGCCAGAGGGUCAGGCUCCCAGGCCCACAGGGGACAGCCUCACUCUGGAGCUGUGGGCACCGGGUGUCCCGCCCGCCGUGGCCUCACUGGACUUUGCCACAGAACCUUACGAUGCAGCUCAGCCCUACAGUGUGGUACUGCUCAGUGUCCCUGAGGCCGCUCGGACAAAAGCAGGGAAGCCAGACAGCAGCACCCCUACGAGUGGGCCGGCCCCAGCAACAUCCAGCCCAGUGCCCACCGUGGCCAGGGGUGGCUUCCUGGGCUUCCUAGAGGCCAACAUGUUCAGCGUCAUCGUCCCCGUGUGCCUGAUCCUGCUGCUUCUGGCGCUCAUCCUGCCGCUGCUCUUCUACCUCCGCAAGCGCAACAAGACAGGCAAGCACGAUGUCCAAGUCUUGGCCGCCAAGCCCCGCAAUGGCCUGGCUGGUGACACAGAGACCUUCCGCAAGGUGGAGCCAGGCCAGGCCAUCCCACUCACUGCCGUGCCUGGCCAGGGGUCCCCACCAGGAAGCCAGCCUGACCCCGAGCUGCUGCAGUUUUGCCGGACACCCAACCCUGCCCUCAGGAACGGCCAGUACUGGGUGUGAGCCGGGUGGGUCGUGCUGGGUGGUAGGCCCUGCUCCCAUGCCCUGGCGUUGCGAGUUUCCCCAGAGUGAGACAUGGAGAGCCAGGUAGUGGAUGCCAGGAGCAGCCCCAGGGUACCAGACAGAUGGAGUCAAGAGCUGGAACCUCCCAGUUCACAGAACCUGGAGAACCGAGGCACCAAGGCAAGAGAUGGCUGGGUCAGGCCCGUGUCCUGGAGCUGGUCUGACUUUCAAAGCCAGGGCAGUCACCUAGGUGGGUCAGGACUCUGGCUGGUCCUGGGUCUGUGUCCUUGGAUAAGUCAUGCCUGACCCAGGCUGCCAGGAGGGAAAGGAGGAGAGAGCCUUGGAGAGGGGCCGGGUGGAGGGGAUGAUCUGAUGCUGGCUUUCCCACACACCCCAGGCCUCCACCGUCUCUGCCCAGGGCUGGGGCAGCCUCUUCCACCUCUGGGAUUUUAGGGACAUGGUUUUCCGGGGCAGGGGCAAGGACAGGAGGGGAGCUCCUCCUCUCCAAAAGGCAUCCACCAAUAGAAUAAUAUAUUCGGGGUGCAGGGUGGGUGGGUGCUCAGAAGUGGUUUAUUUAAGGGGAUUGCAAGGAAGCUAUUUAACAUGGUGCUGGGCCUAUGGGGCCUGGUGGCACACACACCCUGCCGGGUUGGGAUGGGGGCAAAGUCUGGAGCCCUUCCAUUCCCAGGGCCACUGUGAUGGGCCAAGGACUGAGCAAGCCUAGAGCGGACUGGGCUGACAUGUGAGGGUCUUGAGGCACAGUGCCUGCGUACCCCUGAGGACUGGGGGCGGCCAGGUGGGGGCCUUGGUCCUUACAGCCUGGAUAAACAGUGCUUGGGCGGCUCUUGA